GAGAUCCGAACUUUCUGAAGACCUAAACCCCCUCUGUCUUCUCGGCCUCCGGAGCCCACGACGCAGCCGCCGGCAGAGGUAGAAAACAAUGGCGGCCGCCGCGGGUGACGGCGGCAGCGUCCCGCAGAAGACCACCGGGGCGGAGGCACCUUCCGCCUCUGACCCGCCCGUACCCCGGCAUAUCAUGCCGCACGAGGAGUGCGUCGCCGGCGUCCGCUCGGCUCUCAAAGAUCCGACGGUGCGGUUCCUGAGGGAGCGGAUGGAGAAAGCCGGGUGCACCGUGUGGCCGAUGCUGAUCCGGGCGGCCACCUGCGCCUCUGCCGGGGGCUACGCAAGCCGCGAGGGGAUAGAAGUUUGCUGUAAUCACAUGGAAUAUCCCGAUCAGAUAACUCAGACCAUAACUCAUGAGUUAAUACAUGCUUAUGAUGACUGUGUUGGCAAGAACAUGGACUGGACGAACUGCGCUCACCAUGCUUGCUCUGAGAUUCGAGCUAAUCAUCUUAGUGGCAAUUGCCAUUACAAACGUGAACUGAUGAAAGGCUUCCUGAAGAUAAGGGGGCAUGAGCCAGAAUGUGUUAAAAGACGUUCGCUGGAAUCUGUCAAGAACAACCCUUACUGUUCAGAGACAGCUGCAAAAGAUGCAAUUGAGGCUGUGUGGAAUAUAUGCUACAACGACACACGCCCGUUUGAUAGGGCUCCAUGAAGUGCAAGCUGUUAGAGAGUUUUGUGUCCUUUCAGAUGAGCUCUACGAAGUUCAAGCCUGUGGGACAGGUUAGUUUCCCUUGAGAUGGGCUCCAUGAAGUACAAGCCUGUUGGGACAGGUUAGUUUCCCUUGAGAUGGGCUCCAUGAAGUACAAGCCUGUUGGGACAGGUUAGUUUCCCUUCAGAUUGUACUUCAGCAGAGCGUUGCAACAAAAUCCGGAAUUUUGGCGCUGAACCAAAACUUUGAAUGUAUAUUAGUCCAAACAAUGUAACAGAUUAUUCCAUGCAAUUGAAUUCUUUUGCAUGGCACAUUGUGACAGAGUUCACUGAGCUCAAAAUAAGACUAGGCGUAACUGAUUAGUUCUUUUGCCAGGUAAA